UCAAGGUAGGUGCCCAUAACAAAACACAUCACAUGCCAUCAAAUUUGAGCCAAUUCCAACAUUUACCUAUAUAAGUAACAACAAUUGUUGGAUGGAAGACGUGUAUUGAAGAGAUGGCGACUGGGUGGUCAUCAGGUGGUGAGGCCUCAGAGUCACAGGCACAGCCAACAGAAUCAAUGUAUCUUGACCAGACGUCCAACAGGUGCUUUCUGGUGUAUGCAAAGGCUCUUGAUAUCACUUGGUCUGGAGACCAUCGUUACUGGCGCUGGGUGCAAGAAACCAGUGAUGGCCCUACUGAAGCUGCUGAACUGUUAGGAUUAAGUUGGCUAGAAGUGCGUGGAAAACUUAAGACCACAAAGCUGUCGCCAGGAAUUCGGUAUGAAGUUGUAUUUGUGGUCAAGCUGCAAGCUAAAGCUUAUGGAUGGGAUGUUCCAGUGAAUCUCAAACUCAAUGUCCCACACGCUUCAGAGAAUCGAUGGAGUAAAGUUAAUUUGACUGAUAAGGCAAGAGAGCAAUGGAUAGAGAUUCCGGUUGGCGACUUUAUUGCAUCACCCGAAAAACCUGGGGACGUCGAGUUUUCAUUGUAUGAAUACGAUCAGAGAUGGAAGACCGGACUUGUUAUCAAAGGUGUUGUCGUUCGGCCAAUCUACGAAUAACUUGGCAUAUGAGCAGAGAGAUGAUGUUCUGGUUUUUUCAUUUCAACUCUGAAAUGAGAGAACUGCAUAUGUAACAUAUGGUUGUUAAUUAGCAAGAGCCUUCUGUUGGCGUAGUUUUAAAAACCUUCUAUUGGCAUUUCCUUUUUCUUUUUCUUUUUCUUUUUUUCUGAAAAAAAACAAACCAAUUGCAGCAGUGGUUGUUUAGAUUAGCAAGAGCCAUGCAGCUCAGUAAAGUAAUUCCACACAGAGUUUCAAUUCAUGAAGAAAGAGGCUGGUUCACGGGUAGGGCGGCUCUGAGAUUUUAGGGGCCUGGUACAAAUGAGUAAUGGAGCCUCCU